UGGGUAGAUCAGGUCAGAACUCGGCAUUCAGUGUCCCCUGGAGGUUGGCUGUAGGAUUCAGGUGGCUUGCUCAGGCUGGGAUCAAGGACACAGUGAGCAGAUCAACCUUAACCUCAGCCCCUCCCCUCGCCACAGGAGGACACUGGUGUCAGCAGCAUGAAGCUGAAUUUCACUGGUCUCAGGGCUCUGGUGACCGGGGCAGGGAGAGGGAUUGGGCGAGGCACUGCGAAAGCCCUGCAUGCCUCAGGAGCCAAAGUGGUGGCCGUGUCACUCAUCAACGAAGACCUGGUCAGCCUGGCCAAAGAGUGUCCGGGCAUAGAGCCUGUGUGUGUGGACCUGGGUGACUGGGAGGCCACAGAGAAGGCACUGGGCCGUAUUGGCCCCGUGGACCUGCUGGUGAACAAUGCGGCGGUGGCGCUAGUGCAGCCUUUCAUACAGUCUACCAAGGAGGUCUUUGACAGGUCCUUCAAUGUGAAUGUGCGCUCUGUGCUGCAAGUGUCCCAGAUGGUAGCCAAGGGCAUGAUUAACCGUGGAGUGGCAGGAUCCAUUGUCAACAUCUCCAGCAUGGUGGCCUAUGUCACCUUCCCUGGUCUGGCCACGUACAGCUCCACCAAGGGUGCUAUAACCAUGCUGACCAAAGCCAUGGCCAUGGAGCUGGGACCAUACAAGAUCCGGGUGAACUCUGUAAACCCUACCGUGGUGCUGACUGACAUGGGCAAGAAAGUCUCUGCAGACCCGGAAUUUGCCAAGAAGCUCAAGGAGCGCCACCCACUGAGGAAGUUCGCAGAGGUGGAGGACGUGGUCAACAGCAUCCUCUUCCUGCUCAGCGACAGCAGCGCCUCUACCAGCGGCUCUGGCAUCCUGGUGGACGCUGGUUACCUGGCCUCCUAGACGGCCCAGGUGCAGGGGACUCCUGGAGACUUCCCUGGCCUCACCCUUACAUCAAGACCCCGCCUUCAACCCAACCCAAUAAUUUUGUUCGAAUCCUGUAGAGCCCCACCCCACACACAUCCAUCCCCAACUUUAGACUCCGGGAUCCCGCCAUUCCAUACCAGCUAUGCUGAGAUAAUUUGAUUAAAUAAGUAUCCCAAACCACGAAAA